CCCCUCAUUCUCUCCCACAACCUCCUCCAGUUCAUUCAUCUUGAGAGGGUUUGUAUCUGCAAGAAACCAAAAACGAAACAAUCAAUCGAGCAAGGUUUCAACAGCCACUUGUUGUCGGUUCAGAUCUCCUUCCCUGUAAGUUUUCAGCGGGAGCCAACAGAGAGAUUCUAAAACUGUCGAAGCAACUUUUUCAGGAUCAAGCAAGAGAGGUGAAAGGAAAAUGGUUGGAAAGCUGAUGGUGGUGAGGCUUGUUUUGGCCAUAUCUGUGUUGGGCAAUCUCCUUCUGACAACCUCGGCACAGUCACAGGCAUGCUCGAGCCAUACCUUCACGGAGAACAGGGUGUUUACCACGUGCCGUGAUCUUCCUCACUUAAGCUCUUACCUUCACUGGUCUUAUGAUCAGUCCUCAGGCAGGUUGGACAUAGCAUUCAGACACUCUGGAAUCUCCGACUCAGACAGGUGGGUUUCGUGGGCUAUAAAUCCUAACAAUGACCUCUCUUCAUCCAUGACUGGAGCACAGGCUCUGGUGGCUAUCUCACAAUCUGGCGGCACCCCAAGAGCAUACACUUCUUCCAUCCAAAGUCCCGCAACCCAGUUGGCAGAGGGAGCCAUCUCUUAUCCUCAUUCUGGCUUGACGGCUACCCGUCAGAACAAUGAGAUCACCAUCUAUGCCACCCUCACUCUUCCAAACAAUACCGCUACUUUGGUCCACCUUUGGAAUGACGGUUCUCUCUCUGGUUCUACCCCUCAAGCGCAUUCUUUGUCCAACACCCAAUCUAAGGAAAGUUUGGAUCUUCUUUCUGGUGCCACUCAAGCAGGAUCAAGUGGGGGUUCACUCCGAAGAAGAAGAAAUGUCCAUGGAAUUCUUAAUGCUAUGAGCUGGGGGACUUUGAUGCCCCUUGGUGCCAUCAUAGCUAGGUAUUUGAAGGUGUUCAAAUCUGCUGACCCUGCUUGGUUUUACCUUCACGUUACCUGCCAAACCUCUGCAUACAUAGUUGGUGUUGCUGGUUGGGGAACUGGUCUCAAGCUUGGCAGUGACUCAACUGGUGUUACCUACGAUACCCAUAGAGCACUCGGAAUCACCCUCUUCUGCCUUGGAACCCUUCAGGUUUUUGCUCUGCUUCUGAGGCCCAACAAGGAUCACAAAAUCAGAAUCUACUGGAACUUUUACCACUACGCCAUUGGAUACGCCACCAUAAUCAUCAGUAUCAUCAACAUCUUUAAAGGGUUCGAAGCCUUGGAGGUUUCCGUAGGGGAUCGCUACAAUGACUGGAAGCAUGCUUACAUUGGCAUCAUUGCAGCUUUGGGUGGUAUCGCUGUGCUUUUGGAGGCUUACACAUGGUUCAUUGUGUUGAAGAGGAAGAAAUCAGCGAACAAGACAGCACAUGGAAUCAACGGAACAAAUGGUGUUAAUGGGUAUGGUUCUAGUGCACAGCAUGUGUAGGGAAAGUGACCAUAUAGAUACUGGAUUUUUGGCUUCUGAAUUCUAUCUAUAUGAGUUUUGUUGUUAAACUCCUUUUCUGUCUAUAUAUUUGUUUACACGUGAAGUGUGUUUAGGACACUCCACUAGCUUAGAGUUUGGUUUCGAUAUGAAAUUCUUUCGUAGGAUAGUUAACGAGUUCCUGCUAUUCCAGAGGAUACUUUGUAUCGGUUUUUCCAUAUUUGUAUUUAUUUACCUCCGUCUUACUCUUUCUCCAUA